AUGAAUGAAGAACUUAUCAUACCCGAAGGAGUAACAGUAACAGUUAAAGCUCGUAAAAUAAGUGUUAAAGGGGAAAGGGGUACUUUGGUCAAAAAGAUUGAUCAUAUUAAUUUGGAAAUAGAAAAAAAGGGAAAUCGAAUUAAACUUAUUGUUUGGCAUGGUGCACGUAAACAUGUCGCUUGCUUACGUACUGUUAAAGCUCAUAUUAAUAAUAUGAUUAUUGGAGUUACCAAGGGAUUCGAAUACAAGAUGAGAUACGUUUAUGCGCAUUUUCCCAUUAAUGUUCAUAUUACGGAAGGAAAGGAAGUAGAAAUUCGUAACUUUUUGGGAGAAAAGGUCAUAAGAAGAGUUAAAAUGUUGGAAGGGGUUGAAAUUAAAGUUUCCGAAAAUGUUAAAGAUGAAUUGGUUUUAACGGGAAAUGAUAUAGAAAAUGUUUCACAAUCUGCUGCUAAAAUUCAACAAUCAACCACCGUUAAAAACAAGGAUAUUCGUAAAUUUUUGGAUGGUAUUUAUGUUAGUGAACGUAAUGUUAUUGGACAAGUCUCAUUCAGUGUUUGA